AGAUUCAUGUAUUUCAUUACUUUUAAAACUGUGUAACCCUGCUCACGAGAUAGUCACCAAAUCCUUCUCCUCACUACCUCUUCAUUAUACCUCUGCGCUCAAGUAGAUCUUACUCGCACGACACGCGCCCGGGAGGCAUACUUUUGGACAUCAGACCGCCCUUCCUGUCAUCAUUUUUAAGUGCCUCGGUUCUCCGGGAUAAAUUUUUGGAGGUUUCAGUGCGGCUGUAAGUCGAGAAGGUUUUGAGAGCCAACCCAUUUGAGUUGCUCGCACACCAUUCUCUUGGCCAUUCACAUGACGAUCAAGAUUUGGAACUUCGGAUGAAUAGUGUUAAAAUUGCUUCUUCCCCAUGUUUUAAACUCUCUCUUCCUCCAUAACCCAGUUUCCUCUCUGCAAGCUUUAAGAUCUUAAUUUUCCAGAAUUGUAGCAGUUGUUUUUGCGCCGUAAGUACUCUGCGCAAGGACUAGAGAGUAGAGAGGUCUGCUUGCUUUUCUUCGUUAUUUUAAUCAUUCAAAUUUUCAAGCCUGAUGAAUUGAGGACCAGGUAUGAGAUAUUUUUCUAUAUAAAAGAAUUUAGUUUAAUAUAUUUUGCUUCUAAGAAUAUCAUAAAAUAAAAUAUAUGGAGGAAAAAUAUUUAAGUGUUACUACUUUUCAUGAAUUGAAGCCAGCAUAGUACAAGUUAUUGCCUAUUUUUCAUUAUUUAUAAUUUAAUAUUGUAUUUUAAUGUUAAAUAUUAGUAACAGGUUGAGGUUAUUGUGAAGUGUCUUUUACUGCUCUUUUUUCCCCUCUAGAGGAUAAAUAUAUUUUGUUUUUUUAGUAGAGUUUGUAUUGUAUUUUUAACCACAAGUUACCAUUAGAUUCUCAAUCACUCCAUACCAAAAAAAAAUACCUUUUUGUUUCCUUUUUUUUCUUAUAAAUAUACACUACUUGAAGGAAUACUGUAAUAAUACUCCAUUUUAUUUCAUUUUAGCAAUUUUCUCCAUGACAUGAAGUCUAUUAUAGGGCAAGUUCUUCAAAGUGUUCGUGAAAGGGUUCUUGAUCCAGUUUCUAAAAGAAUUAGUGAAAAAGCUUGUGAAAAAGUUCUUGGAGUUGUAGAAGAACACGUAGAUUGUCACAUAAACUUCCAAAAUUAUGUGGAUGAUCUUAAAAAAGGAGUGGGAGACUUAAAACGUAAAAGACGUGAUAAAGAAGCAGAAUUAAGAAUAGUGGAUCACUCAGAAAAAAUGGUCAAAGAAGAAGUGCAAGGAUGGCUUGAAGGUGCAGGGAAGGUCAUUGAUGUGCUAGAUAUUGAGGGAGAGGUUGAGAACGUUUCAUACCUGUCACAGGGUAGCCUUGGAAGACGUGUUCGUCAAAAGACGCAUGAGGUGAAAGAAAUUCACAAUCGAGGCAAUUUCACUGAAGGUCUUGUAAUUGAAAGGCCUCCAUCUAUUGGAAUCCCUUUGCCAACAGAGAAUAUGGUGGGCAAGCUUGAUGUGAAGGAAAAAAUUCGCGGAUACCUGAGGGGUAGUGAGGGAAUGAUUGGAGUUUGUGGAAUUGGUGGAAUUGGCAAAACUACUAUUAUGAAACACGUCCAUAAUGAAUUACUAAAUGAGGCUAACGGGUUUGCAAAGGUUAUCUGGGUCACAGUAUCACAUCCACUCAAUAUUGUAAGAUUACAAGGUGAUAUUGCAAGAAAAAUGAACAAAGGCCUUCGAGAAGAUGCAGAUGAAUUGGAGCGGGCAUCAAGAUUGAUGGAGAUUAUGAAAACAGUGAAAUAUGCAUUGAUCUUAGAUGAUGUGCGAGAUAAAUUUACUCUUACAAGAGUUGGAAUCCCAAAACCAACAAUGGAAAAUGGGUGCAAAAUUGUUAUUACUAGCAGAUCAGUUGAUGUGUGCAACUACUUGAGCUGUCAAAUAGUUAAUGUUCCACCUCUUUCAAAGGAAGAGUCUUUCAACUUGUUUUUAGAUGAGGUUGGGUCUGAUGUUCUACAAAUGCCGAAUUCAGAUGAGAUUGUGAAGCUUAUAGUGCAUAAAUGUGCUGGUUUACCGUCUGUCAUUGUUGGCAUUGCUAGCAGAAUGAGAGGAGUAACAGAUAUUUGUGAGUGGAGAAAUGCAUUACUUGAGUUGCCUCAAUAAUAGCAUGGGAGAAGAGGAAGGAAAUUAAAACAACUAUUGCAAUAGUCACUCUUCCAACACUAAGGAAACUGUGUUUGAAUUGUUUACCAUAAGAAUAUUCUCUUACCUUUCCUCAAUUGCUAGUACAAUAUAUUUUUAUUUAUUUUUCUUUUAUCUCUGUUUCCCGUCACUUGCGUUCCAUUCUCUAUGAUACUUCAUAAAUAAAAGCUUCUCCUUUUU